CCCACGUCCGUCUUCCAAUCCGCCGCCGCCGUCGCCCCCUCAUCCCCGUCUCUCCCAAUCUUUCCCUCUCUCGCACCCUGUCGCUUCCGCCGUCGGCCGCCGGCCAGUACGCCGUCCCUCCCCGCACUCACGCACGCGCGGCCAGUCCACCGAGGGGAGACUCCAUAUUGACAACGCGAAACCCUAGACGCCACGGAGAUGGAGCAUCUCCGCCGCCUCGCCCAGUUCUUGCUCGCCUCAGCUCGCGCGGAUGGAGCAGGACGCGCCGCCCGUCCCCUCGCACCAGGCCCAGGACGACGGCGCCGUGGACGGCUGGGCGCGUGACGGCACGGAGUCCCCCCUCCCUUAUGGCGCCCCGGCAGAGUGCCCCGAGGCCGCAGAUCCUCCUCCCCUCCUCGGCUACGUCUCCUCGGUCGCUCGUGCGCGACCCUCAACUUCUGCAGCGGUGGGAGGAGCCCUACGACGACAUGCUCCGGCGACCCUGCAUCCGCAAGAAAGCCACAUGGAUUGGGGAUAUGUACCUCGGUUUGGGUUUAAAGGGGCAAUCUUUGAGCAUUUGUAUAUCAACUAUCGAGGAUCUCAAGUUGACAUGGACCGCACUAUGAUCAAGUGCAUUCUGGUGCUAUGAUGAUUGUGACAGAAGAUGUUAGCUGCAGAAGCAAUCGCUAUGUAAGUGUGACGUCUCUUUUGACCCUGCUUUGUUUAUUUUUCAAAUCAUUAAUAUUUCCAUUGCUUUCCUUCUUGCAUAAUUGCUCUAAUCUCCAGAAAUUUUGUGUUGAUAAAAAUUGCUAGUAUAUGGAUCAUGAAAUUGUAUUGAGCAGAAUAGGAAAAGGUCAUUUGAUUAAUGGAAUAGAUUAUGCCUUGACUCUGCUCAAUACAGGUCUCAGCUGUGAUAAUGAAAUUGUACUGAGCAGAACAGGAAAACAUUUGAUUAAUGGAAUAGAUUAUGCCUUAACUCUGUUCAAGAUAGGUCUCAACUGUGAUAAUGAAAUUGUACUGAGCAAAACAGGAAAUAUGUUAUUUUUUUAAUGGAAUAGAUUAUGCCUUAACUCUGCUCGUGACAGGUCUCAGCUCCAAUAUUAAAAAUCAGUGCACCUGAAUUACGACACAAUUUUUGUCAUCUGGAACUGCGC